AUUGUGGUUGUAAUUCAAAACGAUAAGUUCAGUGUGUUCUCCAAGGUGUCUUUGUUGACAUCCAAGGACGCAGAGAAUUUCCACUUGUCGGAUUUGAAAGUAGACUUUGCCUACGGCAUUAUGCAAUUUCUCGACUCGUCUCCCCUGUCCAUGUUCUUAGCCGUAAUGAAGGCAGAGAAUCAUAGAUUCCUGGCUGCUACGUUGUACGCAUCUGAUUCUCGUGGUGCAGGCUUUGAGAAGGUCUUGGAGGAUGUCCAAGACGGAGCAGUCAAGAAAGUGCAAACUGUGGAUGGAGCUUGGUUGGCCAAUGUCUUAAGCGAAGCCAGUAGUGACGAUGCUGAAGACGAUCUUGUAGACAUCAUCAUCAGUGGUGGCUCCAAGCGAAUCAUCCAGUCCAAGUUCACCUUCAACGAUGGUAAAGACUGGGACUUAUUGAAGGUUAAUGAAGACGAUUGUAAGAUCUCUGAUGGUUGUUCGUUGCAUUUGUUGACUCCUGCUGAAAGAGAUGGAGAAGGCAAAUUUGUAACUGGCCCAACCCCAGCAAUUCUUUUGGCAGUAGGAAGCAAGGGUAAGUCUUUGGCCAAGCACAUGAACAAAAUGCAGACCUGGAUCUCGAGAGAUGGUGGUGCAACUUGGAAAAAGGCAAUUGACGAACCCUGUGUUUUCAUAUUUGGAGAUCAGGGUAACGUUAUCUUGGCGAUUCCCUAUGCUGAAAAGGGUGGAAAGAGUACCAGCAAAUACUAUUACACUUUGGAUCAGGGUAGUAGUUGGGUUGAAGGGCACCUUGAGUUUCCCAUCUAUCCACUUACUUUAACCACUACGACAGAUGGAACGUCGACCAAGUUCAUUGCUUCUGGUCUCUACGACGAAACUCCUGACAACCAGCAUGAUGUAGACUUCUCAGAAGUUUUCUACACGUUUGACUUCUCUGCUGCCUUUGGUGGUAAUCAGUGUGCAGACAGCGACUUUGAAGAAGUUUAUGCCAGAGUCACCGAUGACAACAAUCCUGUCUGCGUCUAUGGCCACAAGGAGAAGUUCAAGAGAAGAAAGCAGGACGCAAAGUGUUUUGUAAACAAACUCUUUGAAGACGUAAAGGUCUACGAUGAUCCCUGUGAGUGUGGUGAACGUGACUUUGAAUGUAGCAGAGGUUUCAUGAUUUCUCAAAAAGGUAAUACCUGUAUUCCCAACCCCAGAGCUAUUAGACACAUUUGUCGUCAAGAAGGCAAAAAGGAGUUAUCACUUCCUGACAAGGCUCUAAUUGACGGAGACAAGUGUCUGAUGAACAAGAAAUCAACGAAAGAUUUUGUAUCAGAUGUGAAACUCAAGUGUAGCGACUACCUUAAUGGCAAUGGUGAUGGUGGGAACACCAAACCAGGAGGAGACAGUAAGGACGAAGUUGUGACCACCUUCCUCGAGUUUGAAGGUGAGAUGAAACUGUACAGCUACGUUGAGUAUGCUGAUGAGGAAAAUAAAUAUAAGAGUGAGAACAUUGUGUUGAGAACCAGUGACAAGCGUGUCUAUGUUUCCAAUAACGGUGGAGUCAGUUUCAACAAGGUUCCUAUUGCAGACAAUAUCAUUGCUUACUACGUAGGAUAUGUUCAGGGGCAGGUUGUCUUGGUGACAGAUACCGAUAUAAUAUAUUUAUCUGAUGAUGGAGGAAGCACUUUCAAAAAGACUGCUGUUCCAAACAAGGCUGUUUUGCACUCUCGAGCCAUUAGUUUCCAUAAGACAAACAAAAACAUGUUUAUAUGGUAUGGAUCCGAUAAUUGCGAUGUUGAUUCUCCUGAUUGCGACUAUUUCUCAUAUAUUACCAAAGAUGGAGGUAGUACUUUCAACCAGCUUAAGGAUAAGGUUGUCCAGUGUGACUUCAUUAGUCCUUUCCUUGAGAGCAAAGAGCAUAGUGGAGAUGAUUUGGUGUUCUGUUCUGUUUUGGACAGAUCUUCUGGAAAAUUGUCUUUACAAGGUUCUGAUGACUACUUUCAAAGCUCUUUGACAUUAUUUGAUCAUAUUGUUGGCUAUGCCAUUACAGGUAACUUCGUAGUUGUAGCCACUGUUACUGUCAAAGACGGAAAGAGUGAGUUAGAAGCUAAAGUAACUAUAGACGGAUCACAAUUUGCAGCUGCUGACUUCCCAUCUGAUUUCCACGUGGAUUCCAAACAGGCGUACACUAUUCUCGAUUCACAGUCAAAGGCCAUCUUUAUGCAUGUGACCACCAACUCUAGAGAGAACGAGGAGUACGGUUCCAUCUUGAAGUCGAACUCCAAUGGUACAUCUUAUGUUUUGUCAAUUGAGAAAGUCAACAGAAAUCGUGUUGGUUAUGUUGACUACGACAGAAUUGACGGUCUAGAGGGUGUAAUCAUUGCCAAUGUCGUCGGAGCUGAAAAGGACACCAACAAGAAAUUAAAGACUAUGAUUACUCACAACGAUGGUGGAGAAUGGUCUUUGUUGACUCCUCCAGUUACCAAUUCGCUAGGUAAUAAAUAUCCAUGUACCAACCAACCGUUGGACAGGUGUUCGUUACACUUGCAUGGCUUCACCGAGCGUCCAGAUUAUAGAGACACCUUCUCGUCUUCUUCUGCUACAGGUUUAUUGAUUGGUGUAGGAAGUGUAGGUGCUUCUUUGGAUUCGUAUGAACAAUCAUCUACCUUCAUGUCUAACGAUGGAGGCAUCACGUGGAAAGAGAUCCAACAAGGAGUCUUUAUGUGGGAGUAUGGUGACAGAGGUACUAUUAUAGUAUUGGUCGAUGCAAAGGAAACCGAUACAUUAUUGUAUUCGUUAGAUGACGGAGAGACAUGGGUGAAGUACAAAUUCGCUGAGAAGCCUGUAAUCAUUGACGACUUGGCUACUGUUCCUUCUGAUACGUCCAGAAAGUUCCUCAUAUUUGCGCGUGCCAGCGGGGAUACGAAAUCGACCAUUGCAUAUUCUAUAGACUUUACCAAUGCUCACCGUAGACAAUGUCAAUUGGAUUUAGACAACCCAGCGAACGACGAUUUUGACUACUGGUCUCCGAGACAUCCAUUGUUGCCCAACGAUUGCUUGUUUGGUCAUGAAUCCAAGUACUUGAGACGUGCCAAGGGCCACAACGACUGCUUCAUUGGCAGUGCACCAUUAACUCAAGGAUUCAAGGUUACUAGAAAUUGUUCCUGUACCAGAAGGGAUUUCGAAUGUGACUACAACUUCUAUAGGGACACGGACAACACCUGUAAGUUGGUUAAGGGAUUGUCUCCUACGGAUAGAAAGAACGAUUAUUGUAAGAAAGAAAACGCAUUUGAGUAUUUCGAACCUACAGGCUAUAGAAAGAUUCCGUUGUCUACAUGUAUUGGUGGGAAGGAGUUCGAUACCUGGGAUUCUCGUCCAUGCCCUGGGAAGGAAAAAGAGUACAAUAUCCAUUAUGGCAAGGAAAUCAGCAGUGGAAAAUUCUUGUUGUUAGUGCUUGUACCGUUGUUUGUUUUCUGUUUCGCUACUUGGUUUGUCUACGACAGAGGCAUUCGUAGAAAUGGUGGAUUCAAGCGUUUUGGCCAAAUCAGAUUGGAUCUUGACGAUGACGAGUUCCAUCCUAUCGAAGAUAACCAAGUUGAUGUCGUUGUUAAUAGGAUUGUCAGAGGUGGAAUCUACACUGUUGCUGGAUUGUAUGCUGUAUUCAAGACCCUUCGUACUGUUGAUAGAAUGUUGUUGGAUAGGGUAGCGUCGGUGGUUUUCCGCAGAUCGCCAGGAAGAAGAAACUACGUUCAAGUACCCGAUAUUGACGAAGAAGACGAACUCUUUGGCGACUUCCAAGACGAUUACGAAGAAGAAAUUGAAGAAGGUGCCAACAUUGCUCAAGACUUCAGAGACAAUGAGGACGAUAUUGCAGGGUUAGAGAACGAAGAAACACCGCAAGACGUUGAUGGAAGACUAUUCAACAUCGACGAACACUCGGACGAAGAACCACUUGUUCAACAAUAG